UCUUAUUGCAGAAUCCGAUCAGUUGCGCGCCGACAGUCUUACCGGCACUUGCAAUUCUAUCUAUUGCAAGAUUUAAAUAAAAUAACAUAAAUAAGUACCCACCGGGGAUAAACAUAUACUUUAUAGAUAUUGUGGAGUAAUAAAUAUUAUUAUUUAAAUGAUAGGACUGUCGGGAUAACGCGAGUGUGUGAAUGUGUGUGCUAAUUUAUUUAAAAAAUCUGUCACUACCUCUCAAGUGCUACAUUUUACUACAAAAAAAUAUAUAGAGAUAUAUAUGUACGUUUAUAAAUAAUUAUAUUUAUUUGUAUUUAUUUAUAUUUAAAUGUUGAACAACGAGGUUUAUUUAAAUCGUGAAGAAGAAAUAAGGUUAUUACCGGAGGAGAUUAAACGAUUAAAUGAAACCGGUAAUGUCGUUUAAAGGAGAGAUUAUCCGUACGAUUAUUCGCGAGUGGAAAUCAUUUUGACAGAAUAAUAUAUAUUUAUUUAUUAUUUAUUAUUGUGAUUAUUAUAUUUAUUUACAUUUAAGUGAGUGAUAUUUAAAUAUUUAAACAACCGGUUAAUAAUUGAUUAUUGUUUUUUAGUCAUUAACUGAUAAAUUAUUAAAGUAAAAAUGAAGAAAGUGUUAUUUAUUACAUUUAUGUGUCUGUACGCGGUCGAUGGUGUCGUAUCACGUUCAACGAGAUCCACGCGACGACAUGGAGGAAGUGGAGGUGCCGAAAUUCCCGAGAAUUGUCAAGCCGUUAAGCCUUUCUUUGAGAGCAAAAAUAUCUCCGUUGAUUUUACGGCUAUUACUAAAACCGACAUUGCUGAAACAACAUGCGGAGGGCUGUGCUGCCACCGUAAAACAGAGGAACAACUUCGAGAACAAGCGCGAGCUGAUUUUCACAGUCUUAUACACCAUCACAGCAGAAGUUUACAAGGGUUACUAGCAACAACUGCAGAUGCACUGAGAGAUGCAGUAACAACUCUUGCCCGUCAGUCGGAGAAUAAGACACUGGUGCUAUUCGAGCAAGUCUACAGAUCAAUGUCACUGCUCAGCAGACCAUCUAUAAAAGCACUGUACCAAGCAAUGGUGGAAUACGUGUCGCCCAGCAACACACCAGACACCCUGCAGCAGCCCUUGAGCCGUGAUAUGCUGCAAGAGCGAUUCACUGAAUUCUUCACCCGACUGUUCCCGAUAGCGUAUCACCGGGCAGUUAAUCCUCAUCAGGUGGACUUUACCGAUAAAUUCAAGGAUUGUCUGUACAAAGCGAUGGACGAAAUCCAGCCAUUCGGUGAUAUUCCUAAGCAAAUAUCUAAGUCAGUGAGCAAGAGCUUAGAAGCGACUCGGGUUCUCGUCCAAGCUCUAACUCUCGGCAAGACAGUUCUUGACCGUACUGACAGUGUCCUGUUCUACGCGACGACUCCGCAGCAGGUUUCAUGCUACGAAGCGCUUUUGAGGAUGACUUAUUGCCCCAAGUGCUCCGGGUACGGCUCUUCCAUUCGUCCUUGCGGUGGUCUCUGCACCAAUGUCAUGAGAGGCUGUUUGACUGAACCGGCUUCAGAAUUAGAUCUAGCAUGGUCUGGUUACGUCGAGACUGUUGAGCGUCUAGUUAUAGCUGUUGACGGGCGAACUGAUCCCCUCGGAUUGAACGCUGAGAGGGCGAUCAGACAGCUGGAUACCCGUAUUUCUGAUGCCAUUAUGUACGCCAUGGAAAACGGUCCUGCACUUGAAGAAAAGGUGCGGAACGUGUGUGGUCGCUCGGAGUUGCAACCAGGCAAAGUAGUUCCCGAGGUCCACCCGCACCAGCUCUACCCUCUGGCCGGAAAAUGGGGGGUAUCCUCAUUACCGGCGUCAUCUUCCUCGUCGCCGCCUAGUCUUGAGGAGAGACUCAAGUCAGUUCACCCGGUGAAUACGCAGCCGCACCGACCAGUGCCCACGCAACUCCACGUGCAGCUGGGAAACUUUCUGGCAAGCGUCGUCAGGUCGCGGACUUUCUACGGCACUCUCGCAGACAAUAUAUGUGAGGAGUAUCCGGACAAACAUUGCUGGAAUGGCGAAAGAGUUGGAGAAUAUACAAAAACAGUUGUAGACUCGAGUUUAACAGCCCAAAGAUAUAAUCCAGAAUUUACGGUGAUAGGUGGCAGCACAAUAGGACUGGUGUCGGCUUAUGGUAAUUCGAAUACCAGCGUCCUGAUUGAUCAAUUGAGACACAUAAAUCAGGUGGUCCAAUCGCAGUUGGCAUCAGCGCCUGAUAGUGGAGUUUUGCUGGCUGACGAGGCGCUAGACGGUUCGGGAAGCGGCGCCCGGCCUGCUUGGGGAAAGAAUGAUGAUGGAGAUAUCGAUGACGAGGAUGUAGGCGAUAACGAUGACGAAGAAGCCUCUGGCUCGGGAAUGGGUCCCACCACGACAUAUUCGCCGGGCACAAAUGACCAGAGCAAGUCGAACGAGGUGCCAUCCAGCAGUUUCCCAGUAAUCAGGCUCGAUUUUAUAGUGCUGCUUCUCAGCAGUCUUGCUGUCUGCGGUGCCUAGAGGGUUAUUGACAAUCCUCCCAGUACGGUAGCGUAAAAAAGAUUAAAAAACUGGAAUGAUGGAUGAAUAUAAAUGUGUGCGAAUGAAUAGACCGAGAGUGUCAGAGAAAAAAGGCUUGAGAAGCAAUGGAGGAAUUGGAAAGAAAGAUUCGCCCUUUUUUUCUUACAUUGCAACUGGGUGAUCAAAAAAGGCUUAAUAAAAUAAGAGAAAAAAAUUAAAUGAGAGAGAGGAAGGAAUUCAAGUUGAGAAAUAAACGAUGAAAGUAAUCGUUUACUGCCCAUUACAUUAUGCGUACAUAAGAUUCCUUGAGGAUAAUAAAUUUAGCAGAUAUUUAAUAAUUUUAAAAA